AUGCUUCAGGUGAAGCUAAUAAUAACUGGAGAUGACUUUGGCUAUUGUCCUCGGAGAAACCAAGGCAUCGUGGACUGUUUCCUGGCCGGUGCGAUAUCUAACGUGUCCCUUCUAGUCAACGGAAGUGCUGCAGCAGAUGCAGCCAAGCUGGCAAAGAGAUACAGCAUCCCAAUAGGCCUUCAUGCCAACCUUUCUGAGGGCUCCCCUGUGUGUGAGGUACUCAAGACAAACUCUUCUUUGCUCAACCAAGAUGGAUUCUUCCAUGGAAAAAUGGGAUUCAGAACAGCUCUAUCAAGAGGUCUCCUGAAUAUGUCAGAGGUGAAGCAGGAGCUAAAGGCCCAGGUGGAGCUGUUCCAUGAGCUGACAGGUCACCUACCUCCUCACAUGGAUGGGCACCAGCAUGUCCACGUCCUCCCAGAGGUCAGGCAUGUGUUUGCAGAGGUGUUAGAAGAAUAUGGGAUUAAGUACACACGUGUCCCAGUAGAGCCAGGCCUUCAUAACUGUGACUGGAUUCCACGAACUCUGAUGGACUUUUAUCUGGGAGUAGAAGAAGAUUCUUUUAACACAGUGGACGUGUUUACAAAGCAUGGAAUAAGCAUUAAUAUCAGUAUUCCCUCCCCUGGCUCCAGGUGGCCUGACAUUUAUAUAGGCCUGAGCACCAUGGGCAAGAACAUGUCUGUGAGCAGCAUCUGGAGCGCCAUCAACUCUGCCAUCCUGGAGGUCACAUCCAGUGUGCCCUCGCCUGCACACCCAGCACUGCAGAGCAGGACAGUGACCAUUGAACUGAUGGUGCACCCGGGGUACCCCAGUGUCCCACCUAUUGGUGGCUGUGGGGAAGGACCAGAUGAUUUCUCCCAGUCCUGGGAGCGCCUCCAUGAACUCCAGACGUUAAUUAAGCCGGAGCUGCAGAGCCAUUACAAAAGCAGGAACAUUCAGCUGUGUUCAUUCAAAGAUCUUUAAAUAAAUGAGCAGACAUCCAUCCAUCCAUCCAUCCAUCCAUCCAUCCAUCCAUCCAUUCUCUGAAGCCAGGUAGUUGCUGGUGUCCAGAGAACAGACAUUGUUGCGAGUGUCACACUCCCUGGCACAGCUGACAGGACCUGUGAACAGCCUGGGAAUGGAAGAGCAAUACCCUGCAAGCAGCUCCAGGCAGUGCCCCAGAGCCACGACUGCCAGUUUUUAGGCCACAGCAUCUGCUCUGUAUGUGACAUACCCCUUCUACGACACCCUAACGCAGUGCAGCACAGGGGCCGAGGCCCAGCUGCCUCCCAGGGCUCAGCUCCUGCCAUCAAAGGAGCAGCACAGAUAUGUGCUCUGUUGUGAGACACUUUGCAGCACCCUGAGGGGUACCAUCAUUUCUCUUUUCAGACUUAAUGGCAAAAAAAUAAACAUGCUGGAGGAGCAGGUGCUGGCUUUGGAGCAGCCGCUUGGUGUAGGUCGUGGGAGGCCUGGAAACCGUCAGCAUUUGGUUUUUCUAAAGCACUCAGUCGUGGUCCCUGCCCCUCCACUCAUCCCUGCUCAUAAGUGGGGAGGGGGUGCAGGGCACGUCACUUUCAGAGCAUUCCUCUGCUCAGAGCAGUCAGAUAAUACACGUGGCCCGCUGGGAUCUGCAGCCCUUUCAGGAGCCAAUUCAGCCGGCAGUAAUUUUGUCCCUGCCUCUUUACAUUGCCUCUUGGCAUUAAGCUCCCAUAGGAAAGUAACAUUGGCCACAGCCCUUACAGAGAGGCUUUCUUAUUUUUUUGAUGACUGCGAGAACAGCAACUGUUGACCCAUCUGCUAUUUCAGUAACUGCUGUGUGUGUACAAGAGCAGCAGCAACUGAUCCUGUCCUGCCCACUGCCCCUCAAGACAAACACAGGGAUGGCCCUGUGCCAGCUACAAGCAGGUCUGCAAGGGGACAAGGUCCCUCUAUCUGUCCCAUUCAUUCCUGCCACCAAAGCAUUUGAACUCCAGUAAGCCCUAGCAAUGCUUAACACUCUUAACUGCAGCUCUGUCACUCCUACAGAACUUUCACAUGGGGAGAAAUUAUUUUAGAUUGUGUAUGCUCAUUUUCUGCACAUAAGUGAUCCAUUUAAUGUAAUCGGUUUUGCUAACCAUGUUUUUUAAUAUUCAAAAUGUCAAUAUGAUCAUCAUUCUUUUAAAUGAAAAAUAAACUCAGGCCUUUUCUAUUGUAGUGCUUCAGGAGGCUUUUGGGUUUGGUUACAGGUGGUGAGUAAAUUAAACCCACCCACCUUUCUGCUCUCCCUGUGGUUGCCUGGGAGCUCCAGAAGGGUUUCCAUUGCCUUUCCAUCCUUAAUGGGAACUAUCUGACCUUCCCUGUAACACAUUUGAGGACAUUUUUGUCCUGUACAAAUAGGAAAAACAAGGAUGCUGUAGAGAAUAUUUUUCCAGAUUCUUUCCUAAAUUAUUGUCAGAGAACUAAUUAGAUAUAUGACAAGUUUGUUUUUAAAAGCACUCCAGGCUGGGUCUGACCAGGGCAGUUGUUACCUUUUGGGAUAACGCUAUUCCAAGGGUUCUUCCAACGGGGACAGACCCGCGCUCCUAGCAGCCCCACCCACCACCGCCGCCCAGUGCCCGCCAGGAUCACUGCAACCACCGUGACGGGACAGAGUUCAGCUGGUCAUGGAAUGUCAUUGUGUUUUCAUGGCUAUUUUUAAGGUUUAAAUUGCUUCAUGUUCUAACCACUGAAUUUGCCCUGAUCACAACCAACCGGACAUUACACACCUGUUGAAUUUUGGAGGCAUUUCCUGGCAGCUGAGCACUAGAACCUGACAGCAGCAGUACCCAAGCACUGCACUGCAAAGACAAAAUGUAAACGAACACAUUAAACCCCAAAUUUUCAUUUAAUUGGAGAAAUGAAUAAAGAAUACUAAAAGACUCCUAAAUAGGGAACUUUUCAAUUGCAUGUAGGGAGAUAAGAAAGUUUCUCAGUGGUUCUAUGAAAGCUUUAAAGGCAACCCAAGUCCAAAUUACAAAUGAUACUAAGAUUCCAGUUAACCUCCAGACCUCUCUGAAAAUAAAACAAUGCCACAAAGCCUUUGAGAGCAAUUUUUAUUAGGGUAGCAGAAUGGACUUGCAGAAAGCCUAUACCAGUACUCCUGGGUGUAGUUUCACCACUGUGCUGCUUUUAUUGUAGAUGUUCAACUGCACAUUUAGAAUUCAGCAUGGCUUAGGGAACCAGAGAGAACAAGAGCUGGAUUUCCUGAGUUAAAUAGGACUUCGCACUUGGAUUUCUUCUCCUCAGACUUCAGCCACACAACAGUGUUGGAUCCCUUUAUUCAGAGGCUGCCCCCAGACAGCACCAGCACUUGGGUUACACAUCUCGCAGUUUAGCAGUUGGACUAUGGAGAACACACCAAGAGAACUGAUAGCAGGAUCUGUCUUCCAUGUGACCUCUGCAGCUGGAACCGGAAUGGCUGGUGCAGCACUGCGUGACUCGAGUUCCUUGGAUCACACAGCCCUUCCCUUCCCUUCCAACAGCAUCUGAGUCACAGUGAUGCAGACAGAUGCAGUCUUUGACCUGAGAGGCUUUACAACCACAGAGUAACUACUGAGUAGCAACGAGGGCAGCAAACUAGUGCUACAGUUUUGUUUCAAAAUAAAAUUUAGAGAAUGGUACGUUUC